UCUAGCAGUAAAUUUCAAAAAUCAGUUGACUGAUGUUUAAAUAAGCACAUAAGGCUGAUAAUCAAAUAAUUUAAAGAGCUUAAACUAUUAAAAAUGCUUUUCUUAUUAUGGCUGAUUUGGACCUUGAAUAUCUUUACGGUUUCCGCUCACAUUUCAAGUUCGCCUCCAGUUCUGAUCUGGGGAAUCAAGACGUGAUCCUAAGCUAGGACAAUUUUUCGUUCUGUUACGAAUAAACACUUUUACUCACUGAUGAAGAAAAUACAAAAGGAUCACAUGAUUGUGAUGUAUUUCGCAUCCGAGCUCUCUGCCAGGGACAUCAACUGUGCGCAGUGUUUUCACUUGAAGCUCAUGAAACCCAUGAACUAUUACAGUCAGGUGGAGGAACCCUUGAAGGCAUUGCAAAAAGUCAGUGCGAAAACCACUAAAAUCGUCUGGCAUAAGCCCAUGAUCAUUAACCAAUCUCAAGUUCCCACGAAAAUGAAGAUACCAUGUCAGGCGGGUCAAAUUCAUGCUUUCAAUUUCAACGAUCGCAACCUAAUAGUUCAUGACUAUGCCAUGGGAGUGUCAAACUUGCAGUUGAAAAACUGUCCUGUAGUCCAUGCUUACACCGCCCUCACGGAGGAGAAACAGUCAUAUCUACGUCGCAUAAAUCAUUCCAUUAUUAUCAGAACUCGGAAACAAGAAUUGGCCGCCGGCAUCGUAGUGAUGCUAGCAAGGACUAUGCUCCCCAUCUUAGCUUCACUCAUGCCAAUGGGACCAAUGGAACAAGUGGUUGACCAUCCUGCGCUGCGAGCAGGCCAUCCUCGCCUUAGCCACAUCAUGGUAGCGACCAAGGGAUCGACUGGGAAAGCGGCUCCGAUCAUCCGCACGCACGUGACCCUCUUAGAGAGUAGCUAUAGCAUGCAGGUGGGCAUUUACAACAAGCUGGCUGAUUUGGACGAAGGCUUGGUUCUCGUACUGGACAUGAAAAACGGCCCACUGAUUAUAGAGGUGUUGCCGGUGAAGGGAAAUUGGUACCUUACCCGCGUCAUCCUCGACGAGACCACCUUCUAUCCGACGGAUCUUAUCUAUUUUAGCUCCGAUUUCAGUCUGUGCUGCAGUGAUGUGUCCUUCUUUUCCAAAGACAGGUUGCUGCUGAGCCUGUUCGACUUUUACUUGGAUAUCAUCAGUUCGUUCGACGAGAGUGGAAUGCUGUUGACGUACGAGGCGAAGCCAUGUUGGAGUUGCUCUAAGUUUUUAUCACCGACCCUGACCCAGACCCUGGUCGUCAUGUUCCUCUUCACGGCGAUCCUGAGUAUCGGCUUGUCGUUCAUUACGAGCAUUGGACGGAAUAAGUUGGUUCAGGUGGCUGCCGAACCAGAUCUGUACAUCAAAACGGAUCGGUAGAGGGAAUGGAAUUCCUCCGUACUCUAAGGGCAACCCUCGCGGACGCUCUUUGAUACACAUGCGACAUACUCUCCACACACAUUCUGCUAAUUCACUUGCUUACAAUUCUAAUCGCUUGGUGGACACGGUUGGGGUCGGUGGGGCCGCUGGGGGUCACA